GGAGUGGGGGGGCUGCCUGGCUGUUGGAGUGGGAUGGGUUUCUCCCUCGGGGCUCCCCUGAGGAGCGCGGUUGCGCCUCCCUUCUCCCUCGUUCGCCUUUUCCCCUCCGGGCAGGGGUGCUCAACAAGAGCGGGUGGGCCAAGACCGAGCCUCGGUUGGAGCCUCUGCGCGACUCCUUCUGAGCAUUCAUUACAUGGCAGGUCCAAUAAUACUGUAACAAUUUACAGAUGGAAUCAGAAGCUAAAGAAGAAGACGAAAGCCUGCAAACAGCUUUCAAAAAACUGAGAGUGGAUCCAGCUGGAUCUUCUACAUCAGUGAGUGAAGGAACAGGACUGAGAGCUUCAAUCAGAGCUGCUGUUGAUGGAGGCAGGCAUCAAAAUGGCUGCUCAAGAGAAACUUGGCAUGGGUGUGCCAGGAAGCCCUUGAGAGGGGCUACAAGGCCACAACGUCGCAGACGUUCCAAAUCUCCUGUCCUCCAUCCUCCUAAGUUUACAUACUGCAGCAUGAAAGCAUCUUCUACAAACAGCCAACUGAAACACAAAUGCCAGACCGAUACAUCAAAGAACAAACUUGGUCCAGAUUCUAGUGUUGCAGAAGAGCCAUACAUAGGAAGAAACAGAUGCCCCCUUUUUGAUAACAGCAUCUGCUGGAGAGCCAGAGCAGAACACCAGAGCACUUUCACAAAUGAGCAGCCUUCCGAAAAUUUGGAAAAGAGUUGUCAUGCUUUUUCUUUGACCUUUGAAACCAGCCUGGAUGCCAGCCAAACCACAGAUUUCCGAUCACUAUCCAAGCUGAGUUAUGGGAAGCAGUGCCCUUGUGUGGACAAGGAAUGUGACUGCAAACCAUGGCAAGCAAUAGAAGCAUACUCCUUUUCUGGUUUGCGGAGUGUCCUGUCGGAAUGUGAAAAAGCAGUCCUGGAAGUACAUUCACAAUCUUUGCCAAACCGAUCGCCUUCUGGUCUGGGUUCCUCAGGCUCUGCCCGGUCUUGUUCUGAACAAGCUCGUGUGUUUGUGGAUGAUGUGACUAUUGAAGACCUUUCAGGGUAUAUGGAGUAUUACUUGUAUAUUCCCAAGAAAAUGUCCCACAUGGCAGAGAUGAUGUACACUUGACAUGAGAAUCAUGGGUUGAAAAUUCAGUGGUGGUAGUGAGAUAUUUCCUCAGUGCCAUAGUUGGAAAUGUGUCUGUUGUCAUUGCUGCGUGUUUGAGCAAAUGUCUAUUUGCACCAUACAGUGUAGUUUUUUAAAUAAAAUAUAAAAGAAACACCACUCUAUGUCUUUAAGGUGUACAAAAUUAUACUCAAAGUUUCAAAAGUGUCCCUAGAAUAAAUUUAUCCCUUGUUCCAUCCAAAGGUUCUUAUUAAACCAGAUGUCUUGUAAAAACAUCCUUUUGAAAUAGAAGCUUACUUAUGGCCUGGCAAAUGCUGCUAAUUUGAAAUUACUGUAUAUGUACUGAGUUGAAUUCUGUUUUAGCCAAAGAUUCUAGGAUGCUUUGUUGCCAUUCUUUUACAGAGUAAGCAAACUUCUAUGCCAUCUUGAACAUGGAAAUGUAAAGAAUAGUUUGCACAGUCCCUCUGAACACACUGCAGAUAUGGCACUCUUCUAAUUUUCCUAGGUAUUUGUCGAGGGAUAAUCCUGGAGAUCGGUCUUCAGUAUCACUUUGGCCAACGAUUCAGAGUAAACAUAGACUUUUUUCCCCAGAAUACAAGAGUCCUACAAUUGGUCCUCUCUUUUUUUGUUUCACAAAUUACUAGAUUUUUUGUGUAUGUAUCUGCACAUAGUUUGAGGAGACAUACACUUUUGCUCUGGAAACAUGUUUUGCUCUUUUCCUUGUUCAGCUGCUAUCCCACUUUACCCUCACAUUCAGUUAUGACCUUUAAAAAUGAUUCUAAUCUUGAAUUUAUGAGAGACCAAAGUAAAAUUAAUGCUUCAUAUACUUCUUCAGAAAAUUACUCAAGACUUCUUGAGUUAGCAGGUACUGACUUUGUCCUAGAAGACUUCUGCUGGGCUCUGUUUAAAUGGAUAUUUCUAGAAUAUCUAAUACCAUAGACUUAGAGCAAUGGCAUAUCCAUGUGCAACAGAAAUGCAGCCUACUUUAUCACUGGGCUCUUGUAAGCCAUCUUCAAUUUCAUAGGUCAACUUCUGUUUUUCACACCUAUUAGCUCUUUAUAGAGGAAACAAGAUCAACAAUGCUAACUCACAAAUUAGGAAUGCAGAUUAAGCUUGGUGCAUAAUUAACAAAUUAGGCCAAAGCAUAAAUUAUGAUUCCCUUAAUACUCCCCUGUGCCUCUUUUUUUCCUUUUGUGGAGGCAUAAUGUUUUUUUUUUUAAAAAACUAUAAGUCUGUGUACUUGUGAAUUUUUUUAGUUUUUUUUUAUGUAUUGUAUAUAAGUUAGUUUAUGAGACUGAAACUUAAUCUUAAAAGCAGCCAACUAUCCCAUGAAACACUGAGAUGCUCUAGAAAAGAGGAGAAUCCACAGUUGCUAUACAUUGACCCAUGUGCCAGCUCUUACAACAGGGAAUCAGUCUAAAGAGAAAUCUGUUCUCUUACAAGAUUUGAAGAAAACAAUUUGAAUAAAGUGUAUGAGAAAACC